AUGUCAGCGCGGGUAGCGCCUCAGCCGCCGCUACAAGCCUCCCCUUCCCCGCAACUGGCGCCUGGUCAAGUGUCCGCUUCGCCGCAGCCUUCCCCGCAGCAGAUGCAGCAGGCGCUGCAAACCCAAAGGCAGCAACAGCUCCAAGCACAGCAGCAGCAUUUGAUGCAGUCGCAACAGGCCAGUCAAACGCCGAAUCAGCAGCAGAACUCACAACCCCAGGCGCAGCAGCAGCAGCAGCAGCAGCACACCCCGCAGAAGCCGUCGCUGCUGCACCCCCUCCCGCCGCGCGUGCACCAGCAACCGAGGCCUAUAGCCAUUCGGCCACUGCACCCUCCGCAACACCUUAGCUCCUCGGCCCAGCAGGGCAACUCAUCUCAGGUGGCAAACUCGUCCCGCCCUGCGCAGGCGCAAGUGCAGAACCAGAGUGCUCUGCAGGCGCAGCAGGCGCAGGCUAGAGGACAGGCGCAGGCACAGGCGCAGGCGCAGAGGCAGGGGGGUGCAGAGGCGCCAGCAGCAGUGGCUCAGGCGCAAGGGGGUGGGCAGCUGCGGCUGCCUGGUGUGGCAGGGGUAGCGGGGAUGCCAGGGGGAGCGGGGAUGGCAGGGGGGACGGGGGUGGCAGGGGUGGCAGGGGGAGCAGGACAGCAGGCACAGCAGCGGGCGCAGCAACCGCAAGCAAGGCGAGCACAGGCUGGAUCUCAAAACCCCCUCGAGCUCCCCGCCCUCUCUUCCUCCCGCCUGCCCCGACUCACCUCGCCGCCCCCUCUGCCCAAGCGGCCAGCCGCACAAGUGACCCCUACAGCUGCAGCAAAGGCUGAGAACCGAACCAGUGGUGCUUGCACUGGCCUCUCUGGGGCAGCACCUAGGUCAGCAGCACCUGGGCCAGCAGGACAGGGUGCUGGAUCUGUGGGGAUCAAGAGAAGUCCUGCUGUGCCAGGUGGCGCCAUCGCAGAGGUGAAAGCAGGUGCAGUGGGCUCACAGCAAACAGUUCCGGGGAGAGGUGCUGCUGAUACCAAGGCUGCAGCGGCUGCAGCAGCAACGGCGGCAGCGGUGGCGGCGGCGGCAGCAGAGAGGGAGAAGCAGAGGCGACGGAAGCUGCAGAUGAAGGCGCUGCAGGCUGUGCUGUCCCAGUGCUCUGCGGAGUCCUCAAGAGCACACAACCUCCGCCUACAGAGACUCCGUGAGGCUGACGAAGCUGCAGAGAAGGCUCGGGCCGAGGCUCUGGCUCGGUACACCAGCAAUGCGGAGCUGCUGCAGGAAAUCUUCACCUGCGAUGCCACGCAGCUCUCUGGACUGGCCUCCUGUGCCGCCCUGUGGGGGCGUCGGGGUCCCCCUGGUGCCCCUGGGGAAGGCGAUGCAAGAGGGGACUGCGAAGGGGGUAAAGGGGAGGAUGAGGUGGAUGCACGAGCGGCAGAGACAGGGUUUGAGAUGCUUGCUGCCGUGGCAGCUGACGGCUUCGGAAAGAGGAACGAGGAAGAAAAUGCCAGGGCUGGUGCUCCUGAUACUUCAGCACCUGAUGGUCUCACAGGGUCGUUUUUAAAAGCGUCACAUUCUAGAGCCGUACCACAUGAUCCGACUUUGCCUUUGACUAAACCUUUUGCUGGGCGUCAAGCAGGGGAGGGGCGAUUUGGAGCAGCCAAGGGGGGGGAGCGGUGGGUGCAGGAGGUGGCUGUAAUGGCAGCUGACUUUGAUCCUGUGGUGAUGGCAUUCACGAAUCAGCUGCCGGGCAGGGAUCGCGCUGGAGGGAUGCAUGAGGUUGGUGAGAAGAGGCUCAGGGAAGUGGGGGUGGAGUCAGGAGAGGGAGAGGUUGAGGAGGCUUGGCGUGGUAGGAGGAGCAUGCGGGGUGGGGCGUGGGAUGAUGUGGCGGCAACAGAAUCGGCAACUGUUAGCGCUUCACGUCGCCGAUCGGGUCAAUGGGCAGGCUCUUUUGUGAACGCUUCUGAACCAGUUGUGAUUGACGAUGCGGAGGACGAGGCAGAGGAGAAGGACGAGGAAGAUAAGAGGUUUGAUGAACUGCUGGAGGAGAGGAACAAGAAGAUGGAUGAGUUUGGACAGAUUAUGGCAUUAGCAGCUGUAGCAUCGACUGCAACUGACACUGAUACAAUGGGGUUGGAGGACUACCAUGUGAUAGAACUAGUAGGAGAGGGGUCAUUCGGCAAGGUGUACAAGGGACGACGAAAGUUCACUGGCCAGAUGACGGCAAUGAAAUUUAUUCUGAAGCACGGGAAGAGCGAGAGGGACAUAAAGAACCUACGGCAGGAGAUCGAGAUUCUCCGGAAGCUGAAGCACGAGAACAUAAUUGAGAUGCUCGACGCCUUCGAGACCCCGCAGGAAUUCUGCGUCGUCACGGAGUUCGCACAGGGCGAGCUCUUCGAAAUCCUGCAGAAUGACCAGGCGCUACCCGAGGCGCAAGUGCAAGUCAUCGCCAAGCAACUGGUGCGCGCGCUGUACUAUCUGCACUCGAACCGCAUCAUUCACCGCGACAUGAAGCCGCAGAACAUUCUGGUGGGCGCGGGCGGAAUCAUCAAGCUCUGCGACUUUGGCUUUGCGCGCGCCAUGUCGUGCAACACCAUGGUGCUCACAUCCAUCAAAGGCACGCCGCUGUACAUGGCACCGGAGCUGGUGCAGGAGCAGCCGUACAACCACACGGUGGACCUGUGGUCACUGGGCGUCAUCCUGUACGAGCUCUACGUGGGGCAGCCGCCCUUCUACACCAACUCCAUCUACACGCUCAUCAACCACAUCAUCAAGGCAAGCCCUGACUCAGGCAAGCACUGGGACUGCUGCCAUCGACCCGGUGAAGUACCCCGAUGCCAUGAGCACGAGCUUCGAGCACUUCCCACGCGGGCUGCUCAUGUUGAAACACUUCAUCUCCCACACUCAACCCCUCUCAACCCCCCAUACCUGGCCAUGCAGGACCCGGUGAAGUACCCCGACGCCAUGAGCGCGAGCUUCAAGCACUUCCUGCACGGGCUGCUCAACAAGACGCCGCAGAACCGCCUCACGUGGCCCGCGCUGCUGGAGCACCCCUUCGUCAAGGAGACCGCCGAGGAGAUCAGCGCACGGGAGGAGCGAGCACAGAAGGCGAUGGAGCGAGCAUGCAGGGCAGCAUGGCACGCACGUGCCAGCACGUUCCUUCCCCACCCGCUCAUGCCCUCCGCCGCCAAGGAGAACGCCAACGCUGCACCAGACGCCAAGGCGGCGCCAGCAGCAGGGGGCACGACGCCUGUACCGUGUCCGCCAGGCAAGAAGGCGCGCGAGCUGCCUCUGCGCAACAUAGAGGCCCGCGCCACCCCCCAGAACCUCUUGCCCGCCAAGGGCCCCGCCCCACCCGCUCAGCCCGCCCAGACGCCAGCGCAGCCGCAGCAGCAGCGGCAGCAAGUGCAGCAGCAGCAGCGGCAGCAGGGGGAGGAGGGGCCUCGAGGGGCGAGAGCAGCGCGCGCAGCAGAGGAGAUGCCGCCUCCCGCUCAGCCAGCAGCCACAGGGAGGAGCCGCCUGCUGAGGCGACUGGAGGUGAUUCGCUCGUUCCUCCCAAAGGCCGCCUCCGCAUCCCCUGACUCCAUAGCAGCAGCAGCGAGCGCGCUGCACUCCCUGGCAUCGCUCGUCACCGACCGCCACCCCUCCGACCCUCCUCUGGACGUGCGCUGCCUGCACUACGACGUGCUCCCCGCCGUCCUAUCCCUGCUCGACACGUGUCUCGCGGACAGAUCCUCCCGCCUGCAGCCUGUGCUGUGCCCCGCGCUGGCCCUGCUCCGCUGCGCCUUCGCCCUCAGGGCGUCCCUCGCGGGCAACCAGACAGGGAGGGAGAAGGAGAGAGAGAAGGAGAGACAGGGCAAGGGGGGAGCGGGAGGGGGCGGGAAGAAGGGCGAGGAGGGGGAGUGGGAUCGGGAGACAGAGGGGGCGUUUUUGGAGAAUGCUCUCUCGUUCAUCAAGAAAUACCCCAAGGUGCUGGAAGGGCCAGCGCAGCAGUCAGGCGAGGCGUGCCACCUCGCCACGGCCUCCCUCACUCUCCUCCUCGCCGCCUCCUCUGCUGCCGUCCGCGCAGCCUGCCUCCCCGGAGCCUCCCCCCCCGCCCCUUCCGCCACCGCGCCCCCGUCCACUGGCUCACAGCGGCAGCAGAAGGCAGGGGGCAGCACUCGGGACAGGAGCACACGCGGUACCCAGGGAGCAGCAGCAGGCGGAGGGGGAACAGGGGGGCGGGGAGGGGCAGCAGCAGGGGCGGGUAGUGUGAGUUACGUGGAUACAGAGAUACUGUCGUGCGCACAGGCAGUGGCUGUUACAGAACACAUGGCGCGCUGCAUUGCUCUCGCAGGGAAGGGGCUUGCUCUUGCUGCACAAGAGCAGGAGAGAAAGGGCGCUAGAGGCGGGGCUGCUGCCCGGGGUGCCGGCCGGGCAGCUGAAAAGAUUGACGCGGAGGAGGCGGGGGAGUGGCAGCAGGCGAGUCUGCAAGCUCUGCUGGGGAUCUGGGCAGCUGUGGAAGGAAUGGAGGCAGCUAGCGGGGAGUGGAGCAGCGGGGAUAGGAAAGGCUUCCCGUUAGCAGUUAUGCUCGGGGCUGCACCGGGGUGGGAGGGCGUGGAAGGAAUAGGGAAGAAGGGAGGGAAGCUGCGGAGGGCUCUUGGGGAGAAGCUUGAGAAGGGGAGGUUUGUGGGCGAGAGGUUGCUGCGACGAGUUGUUGAGGUGAUUAUCGGGAAUGGGGCCAGUGCGAGUGCGGCUAUAGCUGCUGCACUGGAGAUGGUAGGAGGGAACAAUGUGCUGCUUCCCAGGCUCCUGCAGCUGCUGCUGCGCUGCUGCCUCUUCUCCCCGUCCUUCUGCUGCCUCGUGGCCCGUGCACCCAUCCCAAACGCCCCCUUCCCCGGGCACGAUGGGAGCAUUGUGUCGGGAGGGGGUCCCGACUCCCUGCUUGCAACCAUCUUCUCCCUCCUCCACUCCUCUCCCGCUGCUCCUGAAGACGCCUUGCAAUGCAGCGUCCGGGCGGCGUUGGCUUGUCUGGUAGUGGCGGCUGUAGCGGAGGGGCUGGGGUUGAGGGGCCUGCAGGGCGGUAAGUGGGUGCUGACGUCAGACUCGCAGGUGCAGGAGGUCAGGCUGGCGGUUCUAGGGAAGCUGGCAGGGGAUGGCGGAUUAGGGGAAGGUGAGGGAGGGAGGGGUGGUGGGAGCAGAACGAGAGGAGCAGCAAGGAGUGAAGCACAACAGCAGCAGGGGAUGGGGGUGGGGCCGGGGCGGCCGUCAGCAGCAGCAGCAGCGUUGGCCAUGGCAGUGAUCAUGGAGCUAGAGCUCGCUCAGUCAGGCGAGCGCCGAGGCUCCUUCGGAGGCGGGUCGUGGGGCGGCGGCAGGGCCUCAUUUGGCGGCACCCCUGGCAGCAGCAGCCCAGCAGACGCGCCUGACUCUUCAAACAUCUCCGACCUUGUGCUCAAGCACCUUCCCCCCCUCUCUCUGCUCUCCUCCAAGCUGCGGGUUGCUCAUGCGCCGGGGUAUUCCAAGGCGAUGGAGGGGUUUGGGGCGUGUAAUGGCGGGUGGGGGGAGCUGUGGGGGGGCGCGGGGAGGGUGGUGGGGCGGUGGCACGGGGUGCGGGACGGGUAUGUGGGCAUGCUCACAGUCUCCCUGCGCCUGGGGGGUCCUCAGGCGGUGGAGAAAGCUCUUGGAGAUGGAUUGCUAGUGUCUAUGAUGAGCGUGCUGGCAGGGGGUGUGGGUGCGGGGAAAGGAGUGGGGAGGGGCGGAGCGGGGGAGGCGGUUGAGGGGGAGAGGGCGGCGUGGGCGGCGGGGGAGAGGGGGUUCUCGCCCCCGGACCAUGUGGGGCUGUCACCCACGGGCGUCAUGUGGCUGCUGGCAGGGCUCUACAUGUGCCUGCCUGCCGGUGGUUACCGCGAUGCCCUGAUUGGCGCAGACCCCAUCGACAUCCUCCUGAAGCUUCUCGGAACCUUCCACCUGGCGCACCUGCAGGCGUGGGACAACUGCCAGGGGGGGCCGUGGGGGGAAAUGCAGCUCGCGCUGGGGGGGGGAGGCGCGGAGGGGUCUGGAGGAGGCGGGGGAGGUGUGAGAGGGGGAGGGGGGGCGGAAGCUGGGCACAUGUGGGGGGAAACAGGGUGGGUGAUGGAGGGAAGCUUGGAGGGAGUGGCACAGCCGGUAUCACUGGAUAUGGUGGUGGAGCUAGUGUGUGGUGUGGUGGACGUGCUCCUAUUCCCCUUCCACGCAGUUGUUGCAGGGGAUACUAUUGGUGGGGCUAGCAGUGCGGGCGGCACCACCAGUGCUGCGCCCGCUGCUUCAGCAGUUAGUGGGGCGGCGGGCGGCAGCAGCGUCAGGUCGGGCGGCAGCGGGGGGGAGAUGGAUGAGCUGUCUCGGGCGCUGCUGGCGCUGCAGCCUCAGUACCUGCAGAUGCUCCAAGAGUCGUCGGCCAUCCCAGUGCUGUUGGCGUCACUGGCGGUACUACAGGGCCCAGCGCUCAUCGGCCCCAUCAACCUGCUGUCGCGCAUUGCCCACCACUCGCCCGCAGCAGCUGCCCUGCUGGUGCGGCACGGGGGCCUGGACCCGGGGCUCAUGGGGAAGCUGUUUGGCAUGGAGGAGCCCGAGGAGGGCGAGGGGGAGGGGGCGGAGGGGGGGGACGGCGAGGAGGGGCAGGGGUACGUGAUGGAGGUGGUCAUGGACGUGCUGCUCAUCGUCUCCCACCUUUCGCGGCUCUCCGAGGACUACUAUGAGCCCAUAGCCACGGCGGACAUCUACGGAGCACUGGAGGUGUUCCUUGCACACCCCGAUGCUGGCGUGCGCUCCAAGGCCUGCAAUGCCGUGGGCAACAUGUGCCGCCACUCCGCCUACUUCUACCCCAUCAUGGUGGACUCCGGGAUUCUAUCGCGCCUCAUAGAGUGCUGUGCAGAUCAUGACCGCAACACACGCAAGUUCGCCUGCUUUGCGAUUGGCAAUGCAGCAUACCACAACAGUUCGUUGUACGCCGCCCUGAGACCAGUCAUCCCGCACCUAGCGGUGCUGCUAGCAGCCGAGAGCGGGCCGCCCAGCAGCAGCGACGACAAGAUCAAGGCCAACGCUGCAGGCGCGCUGGGCAACAUGGUGCGCAACUCCGGGGAGCUCUGCCACGACCUCAUCUCCCAGGGUGCGCUGCAGGCUUUGGUGGACUUGGUAGUGACUGGAACCAGCCAACAACAAACUCCGCGGAGAGAUGGAGGCGAGUCGCAGUCACCGGUUAAGAUUGCUUUGUUCUCCCUUGGCAACAUGUGCUCUCAUUCGGCGUGCCGGGAGUAUCUUCGAUCAAUAGACAUCUUCCGUAUUCUACAUCGGCUAAAGCGAUCCGGAGACAUGACCAUAGUGAAGUAUGCCACCCGCAUUCUCAGCAAGUUCCCUGAAAUGCGAGCACACUAA